GAAAAGAUACCUCUUCCUCGCCAACUGCGCUUCCGUUCUAUUCUAUGCUCUCCCUUGUCUCUGUCUCUCCACUUUCUUCCAAUUCGCGAAGCACAGCAGUGCAGUACAGCAAUGGCGGUUUAGUCAACGCGAGGGAGAGCAACCCACUUUUGUGAUUUGUUGUGCUUGUUGUUUGUGAGGAGAGAUAUUGAUCGAGAGAUAGAAGACUGGUUUGAGGAUUCACUCAUGAUCUGCUCCGGUCGUCUUCUGGCCGUGUCCUUUCCGCCGGCGAAGCCUCUCUGCUUCUGCCCCUGCAGCUCGCCGUUCCCCACCUCCAGAGUCAGACGGCUGAAGCCCGGGUUCAGCUCCAGAUGGCGCUCCAUGGCCACCGAUCCCGAGUCUUCUUCGUUCGCCCCUCCCGUCGAUUCCGAUUCCCCUGACAAGACCGCCGCUGGAUUUUGUAUCAUAGAAGGGCCUGAGACAGUGCAGGACUUUGCCAAGAUGGAAAUGCAAGAAAUCCAAGACAAUAUCCGAAGUCGGCGGAAUAAAAUCUUUCUACACAUGGAGGAGGUCCGUCGGCUCAGGAUACAGCAGAGAAUUAAAAGUGCCGAACUUGGUGUAUUAAAGGACGAGCAGGAAAAUGAGCUCCCAAACUUCCCAUCGUUCAUCCCUUUCUUGCCCCCUCUAACUUCAGCAAAUCUCAAACAGUACUAUGCCACUUGUUUUUCUCUCAUUGCUGGGAUUAUUAUCUUCGGCGGCCUUCUAGCACCCAUUUUGGAACUUAAGCUGGGAAUAGGAGGCACGUCUUACGAAGACUUCAUUCAAAGCAUGCAUCUGCCUAUGCAGUUGAGCCAGGUUGAUCCGAUAGUGGCAUCCUUCUCUGGCGGAGCUGUUGGGGUGAUCUCAGCUCUCAUGGUUGUUGAGAUAAAUAAUGUAAAGCAGCAAGAAGAUAAAAGAUGCAAAUACUGUCUUGGGACUGGAUAUCUUGCCUGUGCUCGUUGUUCAAGCACAGGGGCCCUUGUCCUUAUCGAGCCAGUCUCGUCAUUCAAUGGCAGUGAUCAACCUCUGUCACCUCCUAGGACAGAGAGAUGUUCAAAUUGUUCAGGAUCCGGAAAGGUUAUGUGUCCGACAUGCCUCUGCACUGGAAUGGCUAUGGCCAGCGAGCAUGAUCCAAGAAUAGAUCCCUUCGAUUGAGGAUAUACCGCAUUUUCGAAUGAGAAGUUGAAUUGUGUGUACACGAAAUAGAUAUAUGCGGCACUUAUCAUAUGUGAUAUCCACGUUUCCUUGAGAAAAGGGUGAGGAAGAUUGCAAAUGGAGCUUUGACCUUGAAUCUUAUUUGACAGGCUCAUGAAAGGGUCUUCUCACAUUUUCAAUUUGCCUUAAAGCAUUGUACUCGAUAACUCUAAGCAGCCUUGCUCUCUUAUAAAUAUAUUCAGAGGCUGCGUUGGUUGUCUGAAUUUUUAGUCAAGAUAGGACUGGACAUAAAUAGUUCCGUAAUCUAUAGAUUUUAUUAUAUCCUA